GGGAUAAUGACGUUUAUAAGCAGUAUGGCGGCGGUGUGACAGCAUGAGAAUAUUAGGAAGAGUGUAUUUUCCUGCAAAACAAAUAGUUAAAGCAUUUAGAGUUCCAUUUUCAAAUAAUAAAACCCUACAAAAACUGCAUCCAGGAGUUUCCAAUAAAAUUACACACCAUUCACUCAGGAGAAACUGCUCUUCAGCCAUGACGGAAACUGUUGACGGUAAAGAUGAUUCAGAGCUGUACACCCCCAACCCCAAAGUGCGGGGCAUGACUGUUCUAGAUCGGGAGGCUUUCACUAAAACAAUACAGGUUCCUGUGAUGAAAGUAAAGAAAGAAAUCAUAAAUAAACUGAUGAAAUCUCUUAAACACAGACUUAUCCAAAGACCAAGUCUUAAAAGAGUUAUAGAAGAUCCAAGUGACGAAGACAACAAACUUGUUAUAUUGGACCCUUUUAAAGUAUCCUCUGAGGAGUCGUUUGAAGAGUGUGACCAUUUGAUCUUUAAGCAGUUUGACAUCAACCCUCAUAUUUCUAAGUAUGAUUUGCAAUUGACUUACGACAAUUUUAAAACGGAGGAAAUCUUGCGCGCAGUUUUACCCCAAGGCCAAGACGUCACUUCUGGCUUCAGCAGAAUUGGGCAUAUAGCUCACAUGAAUCUUAGGGAUCACCAACUUUCAUACAAGAAUUUUAUUGGUCAAGUAAUUUUAGACAAAAACCCAGGUAUUACAUCCGUUGUCAAUAAAACCAACAUCAUUGACUCAACAUACAGAAAUUUCCAAAUGGAAGUUUUGGCUGGCGAGGAAAACAUGGUCACAAAGGUAAAAGAAAACUACUCUAUUUAUGAAUUUGAUUUUUCGAAAGUCUACUGGAAUUCUCGCCUUGGUACAGAGCAUGACCGUAUCGUCGGUCUAUUAAAGGCAGGAGAUAUUCUUUUUGAUGUGUUUGCUGGUGUGGGACCUUUCACCAUUCCUGCAGCUAGAAAACAUUGUAUGGUCUAUGCCAAUGAUUUAAACCCGGAAUCCUAUAAAUGGCUGGUACAUAACUGUAAGCUGAAUAAGGUAGAUAACAAAGUGAAGACAUUUAACGUGGAUGGAAGAGAUUUUAUCAAGACCACAAUAAAGCAAGAGCUUCCCAACUGCAUGCGGUUAUUAACAAAAGAAGGGAAGAACAAGAUCCAUAUUGUUAUGAAUCUGCCGGCGAUGGCGGUUGAGUUUCUUAACGAAUUUACGCAGCUUCUUGGAGAUGAGGAUUUAACGAAUGUGGUGCUGCCAACCGUGCACUGCUACAGCUUCUCCAAGCAUGAUGACCCUGAGAAAGACGUUAAGGAGAGGACAGAAACCUUUUUAGGGACAGAGUUAGACCGUUGCUCUAUUCACCUUGUGAGGAACGUUGCACCAAACAAGGAGAUGCUGUGCAUAAGUUUUGAGGUCCCUGUUCCGGUGCUGUUUGGAAACCAGUCGCAACCGGUUGAUGAACCAGCUUCGAAACGGAUUCGAACAGAUAAUGAUGCACACAAUGAACACCCACAAUCUGAAGAUUCAUUCCAGAAAAUAUGAUAUAUAAAUAUUUUUUUAAUAAAGAUUCCUAAUGGAA